GGUGAAUUGCACAUCCGUGAAGGCACCAUUAAUGCUGAAAGGUACAUACAGGUUUUGGAACAACAUAUGCUGCCAUCUAAGUGCCGUCUUUUUCAUGGACGCCCCUGCUUAUUUCAGCAAGACAAUGCCAGGCCACAUUCAGCACGUAUUACAACAGUGUGGCUUUGUAAAAAAAAAGAGUGCGGGUGCUUUCCUGGCCCGCCUGCAGUCCAGACCUGUCUCCCAUCGAAACUGUGUGGCGCAUUACGAAGCGUAAAAUACGACAGCAGAGACCCUGGACUGUUGAAGGACUAAAGCUCUACAUAAAACCAGAAUGGGAAAGAAUUCCACUUUCAAGGCUUCAACAAUUAGUUUCCUCAGUUCCCAAACGUUUAUUGAGUUUUUUUAAAAGAAAAGGUGAUGUAACACAGUGGUGAACAUGCCCUUUCCCAACUACUUUGGCACGUCUUGCAGCAAUGAAAUGCAAAGUUAAUUAUUAUUUGCAAAAAAAAAAUAAAGUUUAUGAGUUUGACCAUCAAAUAUGUUGUCUUUGUAGUGCAUUCAACUGAAUAUGGGUUGAAAAGGAUUCCAAAUCAUUGUAUUCCGUUUAUAUUUACAUCUAACACAAUUUCCCAACUCAUAUGGAAACGGGGUUUGUACACAACGUGCCAACUUUACUGGUUUUGAGUACAUCGCUGUCAUUGUUUGUGAAUUGACUUGCUUCCUCUUGAAUCGCAGACAAAUUGGCAAUGGUGAGCAAAGACAUGCACCUGGGGAUAGGUUGAUUGGCAACACUAAAUUGGCCCUAGUGUGUGAAUGUGAGUGUGAAUGUUGUCUGUCUAUCUGUGUUGGCCCUGCGAUGAGGUGGCGACUUGUCCAGGGUGUACCCCGCCUUCCGCCCGAUUGUAGCUGAGAUAGGCGCCAGCGCCCCCCGCGACCCCAAAAGGGAAUAAGCGGUAGAAAAUGGAUGGAUGGAUGGAUGGAGAUUUGCUCCUCCCUCCUGCAAAGAUGCCAUAAAACAGGCUGCGUUCUUUCGCAACACCUCCUGCCUGCACGGAGACGUCCGCACACGUCACUCCACAGUAUGUAUUUUUAAAACCUUCCUUUCUUGCACGGGUGACGUCAGCGCCCACCUGUGAUGCUCCAGCAUGGAGAACCUCACCAACGUGUCUGUGGAGGACGCGCGCCCGGAUUACGAGCCCCGGGACGAGCGCUUGGCUCGGGUGGAGGUGGCGCUCCUCUCCGUCAUCUUCAUCACGGCCGGGAUCCUCAACUUCGGGCUGCUGCUGGCGCUGUGGCGGAGGAGGAAGCAGCUCUCCCGGAUGCGCGUCUUCGUCUUCCACCUGUGCGUGGCGGACCUGGUGGUGGCGUUUUUCCAAGUUUGCCCGCAGCUGAUGUGGGACGUCACGGACCGCUUCGUGGGGCCGGACGUGCUGUGCCGCGCCGUCAAGUACCUGCAGGUGGUGGGCAUGUUCGCGUCCACGUACAUGAUCGUGGUGAUGACGGUGGAUCGCUACCAAGCUAUAUGUCACCCCAUGGUCACCUUCCAGAGACACCGGGCGCGCUGGAACGCCCCCGUGUGCGCGGCGUGGGGCGUCUCCCUGCUGGGCGGCAUCCCGCAGGUGUUCAUCUUCUCCCGCGUGGAGGUGGCCCCCGGCGUGUACGACUGCUGGGCCGUCUUCGUCCCGCCUUGGGGCUUGAGGGCCUACGUGACGUGGACCUCCCUGGUCAUCUUCGCGCUGCCGGUCCUGGCCGUGGUGGUGUGCCAAGUGCGCAUUUGCCGCGCCGUGUACUCCAGCCUGCACGCGAAGGCGCAGCCGGCCGGGAGAGCCUGCAGCGGGGCGGGAGUGUCCAAGGCCCGGGCGAAGACGGUGAAGAUGACCAUGGUCAUCGUGCUCACUUACAUCGUCUGCUGGGCGCCUUUCUUCACCGUGCAGCUGUGGUCGGUGUGGGACCGAGACGCGCCCACGCAAACCGCCACCUUCACCAUCCUGAUGCUGCUGGCCAGUCUCAACAGCUGCGCCAACCCUUGCAUCUACCUGAUGUUCAGCGGCAAGUUCCACAGGAGGCUAGUGGAGGCGGCGUCCAGAAGCCAGUCUCAUCUGCGGGACUCCAUGCACGAGGAAGCCACCAUGGUCGGCUCCCUCUUCAUCAACCUCAGGAACUUGCCGGACUCCAAACAUUUGCCCGCCCUCAGGCCGCUUCACGGCGUCAGGAAAGGCCAGGAAACCUCUUAACCCGCGACAUUUUAAAUGCCCUUAAAGCAUCGUCCGUGCAGCAGGGGUGUCCUAACUUUGAGUUUGUAAAGAAUUACAGUUACAAAUGUUAUUAAAGGGGAACAUUAUCACAAUUUCA